AUGUCUAAUAGAGAACAGCACAAUACCUCCGAUUUCAGCGCACAAGGUUUAACCAUCCUUUUAAAAAGUCAGAAGGAAUGGAAAAGGCGUCCCCUCGCCAGCAACAGGCAGGCACUCAGCUCAGCUCAGUGGAACCAGGAGAGCGUAAUCGACUGCACACACCCAACCCCGCGGGCCGACCAGUCAACUACGGCAGUCGCCCGCUCCCGGCAGCCGCAGAGGCCAGCCGACGACUUCGGCGGCCCUCAGUCCGAGGGAGGCCCUAGCCCAAGGAGCGCUGAGAAAGCAGCCAGCGCCAGGCCGGCCUGUAUCCGCCCUGGCCGUCUAGCCCUCUCCCUAACGCCGUCACACGCCCCCGAAUCCACGGGGGCAACGACUCACCCAGCCCCUCAAGGCCGGGGAAGCCCAGGGCAACGGGGGGCGGUGCCACCCCAGAGAGCAAGGCAAGGGCGGCAGCUAAGGCAGGUUUCCAGCUCCUGGACCCUCCUCCUUCAGCCAGCGGCUGCGAACACCAGGGCUCCUCCGGAGUCGGUGCCGCUGCUUCGCGGCUUCGCUGCUCCGCUCCCCGGCUCCUGUGAAACUUUGCCGGGUACCUCAGAGAAAAGCAGGAGCCACCACUGUCCAGUCCAGAGACAGCCGUCAGCGACCCGGAUGGAGCGGGCGGGGAAGGACAGGAGGAGAAAAAUGUCGAAAAAUCAAGUUGGAGUUUGCGAAGGCGAGUUGGGGUGUUUGCCGUGUCUUGUAACAACGCUUCUGCGCUCAGAAGGGUCUUUUAGUGAAGAAAAUCUCUUCGUGUGCUGGUUUGGUUGUUUUUCUGCUCCUAGGUUCCAGUCUAUUAUUUCAUUCUACCUUUUACCAAGGAGAAUUUGAAGUAUCCGAUAAACAUCACAUACACCCAAAAAA